GGCUCUGGCUCCGAACCAGCACUCAAACUGCCUUGGUGGAAAAGGGGUAACAGUGGUGUGUCACAGAAAGCAGCACCACAAACAGACCAGUAGUGACCAUGUACCAGUUUCAGGAGCUGAGCUGACCUUCGAUGGCAGGAGUGUUGAGAUGGUUGCUCGCCGGAGCUGUGUGCACUGCACUACAAAGCAGUUGAACAGGAACUGUUUUCAAGAGUGGCACAAAGAUGUGUGACUGUGCCACUGACCAUUGGCCCUGUCCCCUCCAUCCUGGAUAUAUUCCUUGCAUGAGCAGCCAAAACACUAUGCGAACAAGUAUGGCAUGCAGAGGUGGACACGUCAGGCUCCACCUUCCACCAAUCACAGCGCACUCAAUCACCAGAAUACUAAUCACUGACACCUGCACCUCAUUAACGUUUCCUGUUCUCCUCGUGUGAUCCCUCGUCUCUGUAUGAGUGCUCCUUGUCUCCAGCGAUCUCCAACGACUCCAAGAACCAUUCCACCUGCAAUCACAAAAGGACUGUAUUACCACUCUGCACUUCAAGUAUCUCCAUUGCUGCACUGUUCACUUACCUGCACUGCCAAUAUCUUGUGCCGGUUUCAAUAAACACCAUCUACUGUGAUUUCCUGUCUCCGUCCCUUCUGUACUGUAACAGUUAUACUUGAUAGAAAAUAGGAAAAGCCAUUUUAUUGUGUUUGUCAUAGCUUGAACAUUUCUGGCCUCUCCACUGGAUUGUAGGCUGCACUCUUCACAAAUCACAUGAUAGUGAUGUUACAAAUAACUCUGAAGGUUCGAGGCUCAUAUCAAGCAUACAUCACAGUCUCCAAGCCCCAUAUUGGGGAGAUUAUUGGUCUCACUUUCUGGCCAAUCACGGGGGUAAUUGUCGCUUUGCAUGUCAGAAUAAUCAAACCCGAAUGUAAGGUUCAAACUAGGGCUGUCACAAAAAUGGAGACUCUUUUGUUAUAGGUCCAUUUAAUGUUGAUUUUUCAGAUAUCAGAUAAGACUCAUUUGGUUGGGAGGGCCUUAAUUCAACAAUCAAUAGAGCAUCAUUUCACACUGUUAUUCAACUAGACCCCCUUCAAAGACUGCUGCAGAUUUGCUGAACUGUUGAAUUGUGAAGGUCUUCUGUGAGGUUGAUACAUUGAUGAAUUCCAGGAUGGCCAUCCGAAUGAUUGUGUUUCUAACACUUACUGGACUGUGCGUCGCUGAUUCCAAAGGGAAUAUUGCUCUUGGAGCCACAGCUGUACAGUCUUCCACAUAUCAAUUAACCAUUGCUAAGAAUGCUGUUGAUGGCAACAAGGAUUCAGAUUUCAAUCUUGGGUCAUGCAGUGCGACUAAUGGGGACAAGGACCCCUGGUGGAGAGUUGACUUGCUGGAUGUCUACAGGAUAACCAGGGUUAGCAUCACUAAUCGUGGAGAUGCUGUUCCAGAGAGAAUAAAUGGUGCUCAGAUCCGUAUCGGCAACAGCCUGGAAAAUAAUGGCAACAAUAAUGAGCUGGCUGUGACUGUUGUGUCCAUGUCAGCUGGAGAGACAAAAACAUUUGAGUUUAACCCUAUUACAGGGCGAUAUGUCAACAUUUUCAUACCUGGGCGCAAUGAAUAUCUCACACUGUGUGAAGUCGAGGUGUUUGCAGAUAAUUACAAACCAAUCUACUUUUGUGUUCUAACCCAAAGGAAUCUUGCUCUUGGAGCCAGAGCUGCCCAGUCUACCACAUAUGGAUUUGCAGCUGCUCAAAAUGCUGUCGAUGGCAACAGGAAUUCAAAUUUCAAUCUUGGGUCAUGCAGUGCAACUAAUGGGGACAGGGACCCCUGGUGGAGAGUUGACUUGCUGGAUGUCUACAAGAUAACCAGGGUUGUCAUCACUAAUCGUGGAGAUGCUGUUCCAGAGAGAAUAAAUGGUGCUCAGAUCCGUAUCGGCAACAGCCUGGAAAAUAAUGGCAACAAUAAUGAGCUGGCUGCGACUGUUGUGUCCAUCCCACUUGGAGAGACAAAAACAUUUGAGUUUGAGCCUAUUAAGGGGCGAUAUGUCAACAUUUUUAUACCUGGGCGCAAUGAAUUUCUCACACUGUGUGAGGUUGAGGUGUUUUCAGAUUAAGUGGAAUGAGAUGAUGUUACACCACAGUCCACUGAUCCUAUAAGCAAAAUACCAAACUACUGUUUUCUGAGCAAUACUAAUAUUGCACUUUUUUCAUUGUUUUCAUUUUACCUGUGCACCUUUUAUUCUUAAGAUAAAAGAUAAGUAUCAGUGCACAUCCAGUAAAGGUUUGAAAUGGUUUUUAAAAUGCACCUGAUUCUUAACCCCAGUUUGAUCCAGGGGGUUGUGUAUUUACCCAUCUUUGUCUAUCUUUGCUUUCUACAUGAAUAAAUUACU